GUGGUGUAUUCCAUAAUUAAUCUCUCUUUUGGAGUGAUGCAUUCCAAUGUUGAACAUCUACGGUCACGAAUAUACGCGGAAUAGCCGCUUUAGUAGCAAGAAUGAACAUCAAGCUUACUUGUUUCUCUCUUUACAGUAGUGAACUUAUUUGUUGUUUAGUGAAAAAGUUUUAUGUUACAUUGGGUGUAUGUGAACGAAAUAGAAUUAUUCCAUGUUCAACAUUUUUCCUCUGUUGUAACUCUACACAACUACAAUUAUUUUCAAAUAUUUCUGAUGCUUCGAAAUUAAUUAAAUAUAAGUAAUUCUGUGAUACUUGGAGAUUAAAUCAAAUCAAUGCAAUAGACGGAAAAAAAUAAAAAAUAUGGAUCCUAGCAAGAAUAGACAAAGUAGAUCUCGAUUGCGAUCUCAUGGAAAUUCUGCCCGUGUCCUUGUCUUUGAUCAAUUGGAAUCCGAAGACAAUAAAAGUGCUACAGUAGAGACGGAAAUGGUUCAAAAGUCAUUACCUGUAAAAGGGGAGAGUAAGGAAGCACCCAAUCCAACUACUGGAAAUGAAAUGUCAAAUUUGGUGAGAAUGCGAAAUUCUGCUAUUGGUAAAUCGGCACCAUCGCUAUCGAUUCAUAUGCGUGAAUUCAAUAUUCCACGAAGAGCGACAAAAGCAGCUCACCGAAAGUCCUUCAUCGCUACAACUUCACCUACUUUACCUCGAUGUAAUUCUCCGCUCUCAGCAUUUGUACCAAUUACGGGAAGUCCAUUAGAAAGUCCAAGGAUGUCAUCGAGUCCACAUUUUGCUUUUGCUCCUAUCAAGAGAAUUAGUUGUGGAGCAUCCAAUACAGCUGAUGGAAGACGGUGGUCAGUGGCAAGUUUACCUUCGAGUGGCUAUGGUACAACACCUGGCUCUAGCAACGUAUCGUCACAAUGUUCGAGCCAAGAACGUUUACAUCAGUUACCAAACAUUCCAACUAAAGAUGAACUGCGAAUGCUAUCAUGCCACUUUUCUAAACCUGGUACUCCAUGUUCAUCACAUCCAGGAUUUCCAGGAUAUAAUAUUUCUAAUACAUCUUUCAAUCUUGAAGAAGAAGGUAGAAAAUCACCGUUACACCGUCCUCGUUCGCGUAGUUUAAGUAGUCCAAGUCGAUCUCCAAUUCUUGAUAAUGAAAUUGUGAUGAUGAAUACUCUAUAUAAAGAACGUUUUCCUAAGGCUACACAACAGAUGGAAGAACGAUUAACGAAUUUUAUAAAUAAUAAUAAAGAAAUUGAUGAAUAUGAAGUAGUAUCACAUCUAGCUCAAGAUUCUUUACCAAUAAUACGAUUCGUUCACCAUCAAAUUAUUGAAAUGGCUCGGGACUGUUUACAAAAAUCACAAGAGAAGUUAAUUACUUCUCGAUAUUUUUAUGAAAUGACCGAAAGUUUGGAACACUUAUUAAUGGAGACAAAGGAUAAAUCUAUUGAAGCGGCAACACAUUUAACAGGAUUAAUUAAAAAACUUUUGCUUAUAAUUUCUCGUCCAGCACGCCUGUUAGAAUGCUUGGAAUUUGAUCCUGAGGAGUUUUAUCACUUAUUAGAGCAAGCUGAGGGUCAAGCUAAAAUUAUUAGUGGUAUAAAGGCUGAUAUUCCUCAGUAUAUUAUCAGUAAACUAUCUCUCAAUCGAGAUCCUAUUUCAGAACUUCAAGAAGAUAUAAAUAAACUAGAAGACUCCGUAAGUUUAAAUUCAAGCAAUUUAGAGUUAUCAUCAUCAAGCCCUAAUAAAGAAGAUGAUAAACUCCAACGAGUGCCAUGUGAAGAUGAUUAUGAAGUAGUUAAACUUAUCAGCAAUGGUGCUUAUGGUGCAGUAUACUUAGUUAAAGAAAAAAUAAGCCGUCAACGAUUUGCUAUGAAAAAAAUAAAUAAAAAUAACUUGAUGCUUCGAAAUCAAGUAGAUCAAGUAUUUGCGGAAAGAGAUAUUAUGAGUUUUACAGAUAAUCCAUUUGUAGUUUCAAUGUACUGUAGUUUUGAAACAAAGAAACAUCUUUGUUUAGUGAUGGAAUAUGUUGAAGGUGGUGAUUGUGCAAGUCUUUUAAAAAAUAUUGGGACUUUACCACCGGAUACGGCUAGAUUUUAUUUUGCUGAAACAGUUCUUGCAGUUGAGUAUCUUCAUAGCUAUGGAAUUGUUCAUCGUGAUUUAAAGCCAGACAAUCUUUUAAUAACGGCUUUAGGACAUAUUAAGCUUACUGAUUUUGGUUUAAGUAAGAUGGGACUGAUGUCUUUAGCAACAAAUUUAUACGAAGGUUAUAUAGACCGAGACACUCGACAAUUUUCUGAUAAACAAGUUUUCGGAACACCCGAGUAUAUAGCUCCUGAAGUAAUUUUACGUCAAGGGUAUGGAAAACCUGUAGACUGGUGGUCAAUGGGGAUUAUAUUAUAUGAGUUUUUAAUUGGCUGUGUUCCUUUUUUUGGAGAAACACCUGAAGAGCUUUUUGCUCAUACCGUUAAUGAUGACAUUGAAUGGCCUGAUGAAGAUGACUGGCGAGUGCAACCAGAAGCUAAAGACCUGAUUACCGUUCUACUCCAGCAAAAUCCAAGAGAACGUCUAGGAACUGGAGGAGCUCAUGAAGUUAAGGAACAUCCCUACUUUUAUGGAGUUAAUUGGAAUACAUUGUUACGCCAGAAAGCCGAAUUUGUUCCGCAACUGACGCAUGAUGAAGACACGAGUUAUUUUGAUACACGAAUGGAUCGUUAUAGUCAUGAUUUUGGUGAAGAUACCGAUGAUACUGAUGACUCUCCAUUGUUCGGUAGUUUUUCUUCUUAUUCUCCGCAAUCACGAAAAAUAUCCCAGUCUCGAUCAACAAUAAAUAAUGAAUCAGAUUUGGAUUUUUCAAAAAAACAACUCUUUCGUAAUGAACUUGACCGAACAGGAUUUCAAGUAUCUCCAAGUUCUUCAGCAUCUUGUUCUCCUCCUAAAUUAAAUGAAAAACCUCCACUCGUGAGUGAUAAAAACCGUUCUACUGAUACCAAAGUUGAUGGAAAUAACAUAGAAAAAAAUAUGGAUAACUUUUCGUCCUCUCAUUUCUCUCCGGCUUCGAGUGGGGAUUCCCGUUCAACUAUUAAAAAAAAUCCUUCUGCUGAAACUUUAGUUUCUAAUGUCAAUUUCAGUACUCCAGAAUCAUCUCAAACAGAAUCUGAUGAUAUCAGCCCUCAAAUUCAACGAAAAAGACAUAAUUAUGUUCGAGAUAAGCUGCCCAGGUUCAGUAUUUCCAUUGACAGCGAUCACAUGAUUGAUUUAACAGUAGCUGGUAGAGAAACUGGUGAAGACAAACAUAAUUCUAGUACAGACUCUUAUGAAUCAUUAUCAACGACACCACUUUCAGUAGGAACGAAACAAAAACCUCGCUCUGUUAUUAAAUCCGCAUCAACUAGUGGACUUUCACUUGUAAUCCCGGCAAAUGAUUUCUCUUCUUACCAGUCAAUAGAAUCACCUGGAGGAUCAUCAACUGCUUCUUCAAGAGAUACAUCCCCUUGUCGAGAAUUAAGUCCCCUUGUGACGAGCUUAAAACCGCCAAUAAUCAUUCGACGAGGACCUCAUGGCUUCGGAUUUACUGUUCAUACUAUUAGAGUGUAUUAUGGUGAUAGUGAUUUUUAUACAAUGCAUCAUCUAGUUAUGGCUGUAGACCCAUCUAGUCCAGCAUUUGAAGCUGGUUUACGUCCAGGAGAUUUAAUAACGCAUAUCAACGGUGAAGCUGUACAAGGUUUAUAUCAUACACAAGUUCUUCAAUUAAUGCUUAGUGGUGGUGGAGAUCAUGUAACUCUACGUAGUACUCCACUAGAAAAUACUAGUAUAAAGACAGGUGGUCGAAAACGUGAACUUGCACAAAGUAAAAUGGCAAGACGAACUUUACAUCGUCAACGUAAACAAAAACGCGACCAUUCAGAUAAAAAAAGGAAAACUUCACUCUUUAGGAGAAUUAGUACUAAACGUGCUAGUGUAGAAAUGCAACAGCCAUUAAGUAUCAGUUGUCCAUUGUCAGCACCUAUUCUACCAAGCGACAACAAACCUCCAUUUAUGAUGGCUGCAGGGAUAUGUUCUCCGUCCAUGGUAACACCGAGCCGUUCAUUUCAAUCAUUCACUCGGUCUUUACCUUCCCAACAAGAAUCCUCCCCUUAUUUUCCUCCAGGAGUAGCUAAAUCUGUUUGUACUCCAUCCCCGCCAACAACUAACCGUCCUAAUUCAGAGUCGUACCAUAUAACGGGAAAUUCAAGUUCUUGUUCAAGUCCUAAUUCAUCAUCACCUGGUUCGAAUUCAUCUACAAACGUCAUAUCCAAUCAAUCACACUACCAACGACCUAGUACCCUUCAUGGACUAAAACAUAAACUUCAUUCAGCUGCAAAAAAUAUACAUUCACCGAAUCGUCGUAAAUCUGUCGGUCAUAUUCCACUUUCACCGUUAGCAAGAACACCAAGUCCUUCACCGAUUCCUGCUAGUCCUACAAGAAGUCCAAGUCCUUUGGCUUUUCCAACUGGACACCAGCCAGGCAGCUCUAACACAACACAGUCUUAUAGUCCGGGUACAUCUUUAUCAACGCCAGCAAGUCAAAAAAAAAGCUACAGCCGUCCAAAAUCUGCGGAACCCGGUUCACCACUUCUUAGACGAGCUUUAAGUCCAGAUCGAUUACAUCCACGUUCAGCUGAGAGUAAAACUUCGAUUUCUCCUUUGGCAAAUAGCAUAGUUCGAGUUACACCACGAGUAACAAUUGCUCAAACAUCUCAUGUAGAUUCUAAUGAUGAUACUUCAGAAUCUAUAAAAGAUUCAAGUGAUAUAAAAAACGAAAAGAAACCAAUUGAUCAAAAAUCAAGUGAUUAUUCUAAGAUACCCCAUGGAAUGUCAAUUAAUAUUCAAAAUGUUGGAUUAUCGAAUUCCUGUGGAAGCACUCAAUUGCCACGUAUUGCGGAAGAAAAAGAUUCUCCCACUAACUCCAAAAGUGAAGAUUAUUCUACUAAAGAAAUUGAUGAAAGUGAAAUAGAUAUAACUUUAAGAGGUAUAAAUUUAAAAUCUAGUCAGGAUUUGGAAAAAAAACAAAGUGAUGAAAAAAAAAAUUAUCCUCCCGAAAAUAGUGAUCAUUUAAAUUCUGUUAAAACUUCAAUACCUGCUACAAGUAGCUCAGAUCAUAUUGAUCAACAGAAAUCUUUAACGAAAUCUGCCAACUGUUCGAAAAUGUCGGAAAUAGAAAAUGAAAAUGAUACAAAAGCUCUUUUAACUUCAAAUACCGUUAUUAGUUCUGAAAAAAUAAAUAAACUUAUGUCUAAAUCGAAAAAUGAAACCAGCCCAGAAACAAGAAAAAUUUUAAAGAGAUAUAAAGUUGAUGAAACUGACAAUGUUACAGCUACAGAAAGGGUUGGUAAAAGUUCUUUACUUGAAGAUAAAAAGAAUAAGUAAAAUUAUAAUUUAAAAACAAGUUGAUAAUUCGAACAGUUAGUUUUUUCAUACAUAGAAUCAAACUCUUCAAUCAUCUCAAUAAUUUAACGCUUUUUGCGUUACUAUCGUCUAUAUAUUUUGUCAAUUCUUCUCCAACACAUAGAAAAUUAUUUAGUAAUAUUAUCAAAGAAUUUGAAUAAUAAAGAUAAAACAUUAAAUUUUUUUUUUUCCAUUUAAAUAUGUUCUGUGCUCUCUGUGUAAAGUGUUGGAGUAAUAUUACUAAAAAAUUUUCUAUCAUAUUUGUAAAUAUUUUA